AUGGCAGACCAAGGAUACGCAUCAUCUGGAUCAGGUAGUGGAAGGGUCUCAGGAGGAGAAGGAGGUGAUAGGAAUUCAAUCGUGCUCAAAGUCGGCAUGGUGGGGGAUUCACAGAUUGGUAAAACGUCAUUGAUGGUGAAAUACGUCGAAGGUAGUUUCGAUGAAGAUUAUAUCCAGACGUUGGGAGUUAAUUUUAUGGAAAAAGCAAUAACGAUUCGAAAUACAGAAAUAACAUUUUCGAUAUGGGAUUUAGGUGGACAAAGAGAAUUCGUUUCAAUGUUACCAUUAGUAUCCAAUGAUGCAGUGGCUAUCCUAUUCAUGUUUGAUUUAACAAGAAAAGCUACUUUGAAUAGUGUCAAAGAAUGGUAUAGACAAGCAAGAGGAUUCAACAAGACAGCUAUACCUGUUUUAAUAGGAACGAAAUAUGAUCAAUUCGCUUCACUGCCAAGAGAAGAACAAGAAGAAAUUACAAAGCAAUCUAAAAGAUUCUCAAAAGCUAUGCAUGCUCCGUUGAUUUUCUGUUCAACAUCGCAUUCUAUAAAUGUACAGAAAAUAUUCAAAAUAGUAUUAGCCAAAGCAUUCGAUCUAAAAUGCGUCAUACCGGAGAUUGAUGAAGUCGGUGAACCAAUCUUACUUUAUGUCGAUGUGUAG